AUCUCAAACAGUUAAGAAUGGCUGUACAUUAUUGGUCAUUAAUAAUCAGCAUUAUAUGUUUAGUGAUAAUUAUCAACGAUGUACAAAGUGAUUUAUUUGAUCCAGAUGAUAUUAUAUCAGCACCAGGACGAAUGAAACGAACACGUCGUUUAUGUGGUACUGUACUCGCAAACACAAUACAAUUAGUUUGUAGGGGUAGUGGUACUGUACCGGUUUACAAGAAAUCUGAUUCAACUGAAUAUGAAUAUCAGGAAGAUGAUGAUAAUUCGAUUGGUACAGUUGAUUUUGAUAUAAAACCUGUAUUUCCAUUUCGAUCAAAAAUGAACGCUGAAGCUAUGUAUCCACGGAUUUUUCGACGUCCACGGCGAAGUAUUAUCGAUGAAUGUUGUCGUAAACCAUGUACAAUUGAUGAAUUAAGACAGUAUUGUUAUUGAGAUAAAUUUAUUUAAAACACGCAUUCGCACUCUAUUUUUUUUAG